CUAUUACUCACUAACAACGUGCCAAGAUGGCGAUUGCGAGGCCCUAGCAAGAUCUUGAUGCACAGUUCUCCAUAGCCUUUCAAGAGUUGAAGCACAGAUUACUCCAGCAUAUACUGCCGCCAAAAUGCAGGGUUUCAACAUGGGCCGUUAUAUACCGCCCGAACUCGAAGGCACGACAAGCGGCAACAAGCUCCACCAGCGCCGCGCGCCCGGCACCUUACGCAGAGACGGCACGCAAACAGUACGUUUCGAAAUGCCCUUCGCCGUGUGGUGCCAUACCUGCCAACCGCACGCCAUCAUCGGGCAAGGCGUGCGAUUCAACGCGGAGAAGAAGAAGGUGGGCUACUACCACAGCACGCCUAUCUGGAAUUUCCGAAUCAAACACGCGGCUUGUGGUGGUUGGUUGGAGGUUCGGACGGAUCCGAAGAAUACGCGAUAUGAGGUUGUAUCGGGCGGGAAGGCGAGGGAUCAUGGGGAUGAUGGGGAUCGGAUGCGGGAGGGGGAGGGUGGGUUGCCAAUUUUGACGCCUGAGGAGAGGGAGAAGAGGAGGGAGGAUGCUUUUGCUGUGUUGGAGGGGAGGGUUGAGGAGAAAGAAGCUGUGAAGGAUAAUACGAAGAGGAUUGAAGAGUUGUAUCGAAGUCGUGAGAGGGAUUGGGAUGAUCCGUGGAGUGUCAAUAGGCGGAUGAGGGACUCCUUUCGACAGGAGAGGAAGAAGUUGAAGAAGGA